UAGAAAACCUAGUAAUCCCUGUUGGCUGUGCGGAUCAUUACAUUGGUCUCGCGAAUGUACGUAUCGUUCCCAUAAGUGCACAAAAUGUGGAAACGUAGGCAACAAGGAAGGGUUUUGCAAAACGAAGACUGGUUUUAUGCGCACCAACAAUUAUAAAACGCAUUAUCGUCAAAAAACAAACCAACACCAGAACAGUUACAGUAAAUGUGCAAAACGUCCGCCAGAGAAGAAAGUACGUGCCACUCAACAUCAACGGUGUGAGUCUACAACUGCAGUUAGAUACCGCCUCAGACAUAACAGUCAUCGGUAAAAGCGUAUGGAAGCAUAUCGGAGCACCAACUCUAUCAGCGCCAUCAGUGGACGCUAAAACUGCUUCAGGAGGAAUAUUACCCAUCAUUGGCGAAUUUCGUGCAAACAUCAUCAUCGGAGAAAAGCAACGAACAGAAACUAUCUAUGUUUCUGAGGCAAACUUGAGGCUGCUAGGUACGGAUCUGGUCGAGGCAUUCUCAUUGUGGUCAGUGCCUAUUGACCAGAUAUGCAACGCCGUCUACACAUCAUCCUUCAAGGAGCUACAACAACGUUUUCCUAAGCUAUUUGGAGCUGGAAUGGGCCUUUGUAUAAAGGGAAGCGUUACUCUGCAACUUAAGGAACAUCGUCGUCCGGUUUUCUGUCCAAAGCGUCCGGUUGCGUACGCAAUGCUGGAUGCGGUUGAUAAGGAGCUUGACAGAUUGCAGAGGCUGGGAGUUAUAACACCGGUUGACUAUUCCGACUGGGCCGCAACUAUAGUCGUUGUACGAAAGGCAAACGGUCAAAUAAGAAUCUGUGGAGAUUAUUCGACCGGACUUAAUGGAGCCUUGCAUCCCCAGGAGUAUCCGCUUCCAUUACCAGCAGACAUAUUCGCCAAGCUAGGUAAUUGUACUCACUUUACACAAAUUGACUUAUCGGAUGCUUUUCUUCAGGUUGAAAUCGAUGAGCAGAGUCGAAGGCUCCUGACGAUUAACACACACAAAGGGCUGUAUUCCUACAACAGACUGCCACCGGGCAUCAAGAUAGCCCCAGCUGCAUUCCAACAGCUCAUGGAUAAAAUGCUUGUUGGCAUACGUGGAGUCUCGAGCUAUAUGGACGACAUCAUUGUCGGAGGUAGGAAUCAGAAAGAACAUGACGAAGUUCUUGAUCAAACGCUAAAUCGCAUACAGGAUUACGGUUUUACAAUACGCGUAGAGAAAUGCUUUUUCAAUAAGAAGCAAAUCAAGUACCUAGGGCAUAUUAUAGAUAGUAACGGCAUUAGACCUGAUCCAGCAAAAAUUGAGGCUAUAGUCAAUCUGCCUCCACCAUCCGAUGUCAGUGAGGUUAGGUCAUUCCUAGGAGCCGUUUAUGGUUAUGGCCGUUUCAUACCAAAUAUGCGCAACUUACGAUACCCACUGGAUGCUUUACUAAAAGAAGGGAAAGAGUUUGCUUGCCAUUGA